CUCUAGAGCUCAAGCUCGAGGUUUGCGUUCCACAGGACGAUGCGGAUCUCAGGCAGUGUCCCAGUCCUCCUUCUUUCCCCACCCUUCCAGCAGAAGCGAGAGAGGAAGUAGAAGUGAUUACCUAUAUAACCCUGCUUGUCUCGACUAUUCUCUCCGCAUACUUCUCUCCUCCUUCUUUGAACGGACACUUACCCAACUCCCCAUCCUGCGCCUUUCGCCUCCUCUAUGCAAACAAGAGCAAGGUCUCAACAGUCCCAGUCCUAUCCUUUGAAAGUCGUACCCAACGCUAUUCUACCCGACAUCGUCAUGACCGACGUCGCUGCAGCACCCGCAACUGCUGGCACAGAGGAUACCACUCCCUCGGACAUUCCCACCUCCAGCCCAACUUCGUCCUCUCUGUCAUCGCAGGAAACAGUUUCCCCCAACACCACCAUGAUAUCAGACGAGGAAGAGGGGGAACCGCCGUCUUCACCGUUGACGGAGAUUGAUGAAUCCCCUUCCAAGCCCGUGCGCGGCAAAGUGCCCAAAACGAAAGUGCGUGGGGGAAACUGUGAGGAUGAUGAAGUUGGGGUACAUGAAGAGAAAUCAAUGCCCAAGCGUGGCCGCGGUAAAGCGGCGGCAAAGACAAGGGGUGGGGAAGAUGGUGAAGCCGAGGGAGAGAAGCCCACAGUUACCCCUAAACGUGGCCGUGGCAAGAAGGCUGGUGACGGGUCGCCCACUACGCCCGCCAAACGUGGACGAAAAAAGGCCGAACCAGCGGUAGACGAGGACGGCGAACCCGUCACCAAAAAGCGCAAGGCGCCGACCAAGUCCCAACAAGCGGCCCUAGUAUCCGCUGAUGCGGCGGAAGCAUCCGGCGCCCGCUCCUCGCCAUCGCGCUCCUCGUCAGCCACGACCUCCCCCCCGACAAAGUCUUCGACGGCAAUGACCCGCGAGGAGUGCGGUUACAUAUUCGACUCCAUGAUCGAUAUCGGGAAGUGGAACGACUGGACGAAGGAUCUGAACAGCAAGAAUGGUACCGAUAGGCAAACGUCAAGCGUCAAGCGCCACUGGAAAACUUUUGUGCGCGGCGCGGUCAUGAAGCUUUAUAAAGAUUAGAUUGGAGCGCGGAGGGG